AUGCGCCGGCUCUCGUCCCUCGCUCGCCUGCGCGGCGCGCGCCUGGCCUAUCCGUCCAGCACCCCAACGAUCCCGCUCGACCUCGACAUCCCGCCGGCGACCCAAGGCGGCCACGCGCUCCUCGGCGCCAACGGCUGCGGCAAGUCGCUCGUCGCCGAGGCCUUCCUGGACAACGACGCCGUCGUCGCGGGCGGCUCCGUGGAGCGCGCGCCGCGGAGCGCGCGCGUGAGCUUCGAGGCGCACGGGGCGCUCGUCGACGAGGGCCUGACGGUCUACGAGGCGUGCGGCAAGCUGCAGACGAAGGCGAGCAAGUACCUCGUCGUGCGCUUCGGGCUGCACCCGCUGCUCUGGCGGCCCGUCGGGUCCGUCUCCACGGGCGAGAUCCGCAAGGUGCUCCUCGCGCGCGCGCUCGCGCGGAAGCCCGACCUCCUCCUGUUGGACAACGCGUACGACGGCCUCGACGCGCCGUCGCGGGCGGCCCUCGCGAAGCUCCUGAGCCAGAUGCUCACCGGCUUCUCCGCGCUCCUCGUCCAGGACGUGCCGUCGGGCGCCGAGGCCGCGCGGAGCCAGGUGCUGCAGAUCACGCACCGCGCUGUGCCGAAUUCAACCACUGGUUUGGGUGCUCGGCACCGCGCCGAGGAGGUGCUGCCCGAGGUCGCGCGCGUCUCCUGGCUCGGCGUCGACGGCGUCGCGACGGCGCCGACGCCGCCGGAGCUCGCCGCGGCGCUCGGCGCGUUCUGCGCCGCGUCGGCCGCGGCGCCGCCGGAAUCCGUCGCCGCGGCGGUCUACGCGGACGCGCCUAGUUCUUCAUCGAACGCCGCCGUCGUCGAGGCCCGGGGGCUCGGCGUGCGGGCCGGCGACGUGCGCGUGCUCCGCGACGUCGACUGGACCGUGCGGCGCGGCGAGCACUGGCUCGUCGCCGGCGGCAACGGCAGCGGCAAGUCGACGCUGGGCGCGCUCCUCGCGCGGCCGCUCGCGGCCCGCGACUGGUUCCCGACGGGCCGGAGCGGCGACCUCGCGGGGUCCCUCGAGGUGCUCGGCGUCGACGUCGCGCGCGGCGGCGCCGCGGCCGUCGCCUGGGUGUCGACGGAGCUGCACCUCGCGCUCGCCGCGCGGGCGGACGCCGCGUCGGUCGUCGCCCGGUGCUUCGGCGCGACGGCGGGCGCCGCGGCCUACGUGCUCGAGGCGGGCUUCGGCGUCGGCGCCGCCGCGCUCGACCGGCCCUUUCGCGCCCUGAGCCAGGGCGAGCAGAAGCUCGUGCUCGUCGCCGGCGCCGUCGCGGCCAAACCUGAGCUCCUCGUGCUCGACGAGGUCUGCCAGGGCCUCGACGCGACGCACCGCGCGCGCGUGCUCGCGCUCGCGGACGCCGUCGCGCCGCAUGCCUCCAUCGUCUUCAUCUCGCACCACCGGGACGAGAUCCUCCCCUGCGUGACCCACGUCCUCGACCUCGCGCAGAACGAGGCGCCGACCUUCGUCACCGCGCAGCCGCUGCCCGACGCGCCGACGGCGGCGCCCACGGACGCGCCGUCCCUGGCGCCGUCCGCGGCGCCGACGGCCAGCUUCGCGCCGACGAUCAACGCCACGGCGAACGUCACGACGGAUGCGCCGUCCCUGGCGCCCACGCCGGCGCCGAGCAACGCCACGAACAGCUCCAGCGACAGCUCGGAUCUCGACGACGACGACGACGACGGCGGCAUGGACGAGACGAUGCUCGUCUGGAUCAUCAUCCUCGCCGUCGUCUUCGUCUGCAGCUUCUCCGUCGCGUGCUGUCUGAAGGUACGACGCGAGCGCCUGGAGGCCGCGGCCGCGGCCGCGCAGGAGGCGGAGCCGCUCCUCAAGUGA